AAGAAAAUGGCCGCCUCCAUAUAGUAAACAACAAAACACACAAGUUUUGUAAAUAGAUGUACGAUCUACAUUUAUAUUUUAUUGAGUAUUUGAUACGGACACAGUGCAAAAUCACCGUGGUCGCGAUCGUGCAGUCACCAAAACUAUUCUUUUAUUUAAAGUAGCUAAGUCUCUAACUCAAUAUCAUCCAAACCAAAACAAAAGACUUGAAAAGUCUUCGACAUUGAAAACACGAGUUUUUAUUUGGCAAUUUAAAUCAACAUUGAUGUUGUGAUCUUACCGGGAAAAGAUGUGCUUCUGAUAUCCAAUAUCUAAGUGAAAAUAAACAUUUAACAAUUGGUGUACCAUAAUUUGGCAUAAUGUGUUUCAGCGCUAUUUGUAACAAGGGACUCGAAGCACGAGACUAGCUAGCCUAGACGUCAUAUUCCCCAAAUCAUGUCAAACAGUGACGCCAUAUUCUUAUCUGGAGAGCAUGCGCAAUAAAUACUAUCAGUGUAGACUGAAAUAACCAGACGCUAGAGAUUGCCAAUCGAUUGAGACUUCUGGUGUAUUUCGCCGAACAUAACUGAUUAGAAUAGAAAUAACAGUAAAACAGAAACAAUUGAAUAUAUUAUGGUGAUGCUGAGGUGUUUCAUUCAAUUACAAAAAAAUAAUGUAAAUAUCUUUGACCAGUAAGAAGAUAUAAAGAUGAAUGAACCCCCAUUUACAUUGAGAAUUCAUGUUGAAGGUGAUCAGGACAUGGACUGGAUGGUUCAACCUGAAGAAGUCACAUUUCAACAAACACUGGAGGUUAUUUCCCAGUUAAUACCAAAUACAACCAUAACAGCAUUUGAAUAUGAAGAUGAAGAAGGUGAUAAAGUUACAGUUAGAGGUGAAGAAGAAAUGAAAUCAAUGUUUUCUGAUUAUUUUUGUGAAUUAAGUGAGGAAGAUUUAGCAAGAGGAUUAUUUCCACCUUUAAUUAUUUACCCCAAAUUGGGAAAAACGUCACAAAAUAGGAAUAUUCAUGGUUUGAAGAUCAAGACAACGAAACAAGAAUCAACAGGUGAUCAGGAGAUGGCAACAGCAGAAGCAGAACCAACCAAAAUAGAAAGUACAAGUCAGUCAAAUAAUAGUAUAGAACAGAUCUUAUCUUGUGGAAAUAUUAAAGAAGAUGAUUUACAGCAUAUGGAAGUAUUAGGUUCUGGCAAUGGUGGACAAGUCAAUAGAACUAUUCACAAACCCACUAAAUUGAUGAUGGCAGUCAAGAUUAUAAAAUUAGAUUUGACACCAACAGUUCAGAAACAGAUUUUAUUAGAGAUGGAAAUAUUACAUAAGUGUAAUUCAGCAUCUAUUAUUGCUUUUUAUGGUGCCUUCUUUACUGAAAAUAGAAUAUCUAUAUGUACAGAAUAUAUGGAUGGUGGAUCUUUAGAUAGAUAUAUACCUAUUCCUGAAAAUGUAUUAAGUGCCAUGUCAGCACAUAUUAUAAACGGUUUAAUUUACAUGUGGAAUCUUAAAAUCCUUCACAGAGAUAUUAAACCAUCCAAUAUUUUAGUAAAUACUGCUGGUCAGGUUAAACUAUGUGAUUUUGGUGUUAGUACACAGUUGGUAAAAUCUAUAGCUACAACAUUUGUUGGUACCAAUGUUUACAUGGCUCCAGAGAGAAUACAGGGUAACCAGUAUGGAAUACCUGCUGAAGUUUGGAGUUUAGGUGUUUCAUUAUUUGAGAUAGUUACUGGCAAACUACCAUUCCCUUCUUUUAGAAUUGAUAUGACUCCAUUUGAGUUAAUGGGUUGUAUUAUUAUGGAGAGCCCAAUGACCUUACCCCCAGAGAAUUUUUCAGCAAAUUUUGUGCAUUUUGUAAAUCUAUGUUUACAGAAAGAUUUAAGACAAAGAUUAGCAGUGGCACAACUUCUAUCACAUCCAUUUACUAAACGGAAUGAAAAUGGUAAUGCACAACUAGUUUCAGAAUGGCUAAAACAGUUUUUAUCAGAGAGAAGUUCUAAAUCUUAGCACAGUGAUGUACAAUAAUUUAUGUAUCUGUUGAAGUGUAAUUAUGGAUAGUCAAUUGAUAUUGAUACUGUAUGGACUACAUGUAUAUUCUUUCUGACAAAUAUGAAUGCAAUAAUCUUGUAUCAGGUUUAGAUAUUUUCACUAUAUACUUGUGUAAUAUGAUUUUGGAAAUUUGGAAGUUUUAAUGAUAUCCUCAUGAAGUGUUGCACAAAUUUUACUGUGUCUGUGAAAAAAAAAAUUUGUUCAAAUUUACUAAUCAAACUUAGAGGCCAAUAUGUGAAGAACUGUCCUAUGAACAACCUUACUUGAAAGAUUAAACUGAAAAUAGUUUAUUGGAGUUAUUUAACUGGUUUAGAGUAACCUCUAGUAUUUUCUUCGUAACCAAGCUGGAAAACAACCAAAAAUUUAAGUAUGUCAGGAACUUGUUACUGUGCAGGUGUCUAUUUUAUAGACAGGUUUAUCCAGGUACAAAAUGUUUUAAAAAGCCUUAAAUUCCUAGAUAAGCUUAAUCAAAAUGCAAUAAUUUACCCAGAUUUGUGUUAACAUAUUAAUAAGAAGCUGCAUCAUGUUUUAAGUACAUGUAUUGUUAUUUUAAUUUAGAAGAUCUUAAACCUAGGGGAUCAGUUUGUAACUUUCAUUUGUUUAAAUGAAGAAUGUGAUAAUGUGAUUAAGAGAAAUACUGCCAGUAAGGAAGAAGAAUUUUUGUGGGGUGUUGUGGAAUAUAUUUAGUAAUUUCUUCUUAGUAUUUUAUUCACAAUUAUGGGUCACCUCAUUUCCAAAUAGCUUUUCAUAUGGUCUGAUCUUGAAUAUUAAUUAAACAUAUCUAAUUUUCACAGGUAAUUUUCACAGAUACAGAUUUGAUUUAUUAAAACAGAUAGUAUAUUAUAUUAGUAUGGCCCCCAAUAGCAAAGCUUUAAAUAGAUUGUAUCUGUUACUAUGGCCCCAAAUAGCAAACACUUUAAAUGUAACAGAAUCUUACACUUUAAUAUUAUUACUUUAAUUUAAUAAGUAAUAAUGAAGAGUGUUAUUACUCUUCCUUAAGCUAUUGUAAUACUUUUCUGAAAUAUUAAAAGUCAGUUUUUGGUAUCAAGCUCAGGUACGCUUUUAAAUUGUGAAAUUCAAGCCAAUUGUAAUCUGUGAGAAUGUUAUUAUUUAUGAUUUAAAGAUCGCAGGUUCGAUCUACUGUAAGGUAAAUAUUUUGCUUUUAAUAGAAACCAUUAAUGGAGCCUUGUUAUUUAUUUCUUUAAAAAUGUAUUCUUUUAAAAUAGCUAUAAUGUUGACUCCAUAAUAUUGUAAUGUAAUUCUUCAAGUUUUAUUGUAAAGGAAUUAUGUGAUUGUUAAAUAAUUGUAUGAAUAAGUGUAUAUAUGUACUGAAACGCAAUGAAAACCUAGCAUUUGAUUUUAGUCUAGUUUUAGAGAUACACUUUAAUCUUGUAUUCUGAAUGUAACAACAUCAGAUCACGACGAUAUCACAUGACAGUGAUGUUUUCACCAUGGUGUAAACGCCACACAGAUCAAUUUUCUAAAACACAAACAUUUGAUUUCAACAGAAUUGAAAUGUCGAAUAUCAAGAUUUUAUGGUGCAGACAUGGGGAUAUGAAAUGUGUCUUUCAGAAUGCUCAGGUCAGUACAACUGUUACUGUAUGCCUAUGUUGACACCUGAACACCGAGAACGCGAUAUUGCGUUAACUCAAGAGGCAAGAGUACCCGAGUUUCCGACCCAAUUUUUUGAUCGUUUGCUGCAGACACUUUCAACUAGAGAUUAAUUUGCACUGACGCUGUUCCUCGGCAACUACGCUCUCUAUGACUACGUAUUACGCUGGAGCAAUUCCUGAACUAUCCCUAUUCGAGCAGCUGUGGUACGAUACUAAACGUCGUUUUUUUCAGAAUCACCAAUGGCAAAAUGUUUGUCAGCUGGAAGUAGUAUUUAUCGCCUCCAUUGUGUGUCUGGAUACAAACGUUACUGACUUGAUUUUACCCCUUGUGCUUACGUUUCACUGUAAAUUUGUUAUGACCUCCGUUGGUUGUUGUUGAUUUUCUUAUGUCGGUAAAUGUCCAGCCUACAAUCAUUCCACUUCAGUUCGCCAGCUCUUCAAGGCAAAUCAUUGCGUCUCAGUACAUUAUAUGGUAGAAUGGAUCGUUAUUAUAUAUGGUGUACGUCUGAUCUUUUUACUGUAUGAUAAAUAUUUAUCUAGUCCCUGAUGGAUAACUACGAAACAGUUCAUUUUCAGUGAAAAUCAACAGUUUAAAUUCUGUGUCAGUCGUUCCUAUCCGAUUGUACAGAAAUUCUCCUCUAUGCAUUUGCCCACAAAUAUUCCACAACUUAAUAUUCGAUGUAUAGUAUAAUAUUCCAACUAGACCUAGUGCUCCCAAGUUGAUUUGUAAUUGCGAUGGACAUCAUUUAAGUGCUUUUGACAUUUUGAUGUAUAAAUAUAAAAUUAGUGUCAAAUGAUUCUUAAACUGUCUGAUAUUUUUAUAUACGUUAUGUAAAUGUACAAUUAAAUUGUUAUAAUUUAGUAAGAAUAUAAUUACUUGUAAUUAAAGUGAGUUAUGUAUAA